AUGGAUCAUACUUUGCUAAGCUGUAAUAUUGCAGUGUCGGAGUGGAGUUCUAUUUCCUCAAACUUUAAUCAAUUUUCUGAUGUUGAUUUCUUGUGGUCUCAGGUGCGAUCUGCUGCUUUGGGUCAAUGUUGCAGGAUUUUGACAAUUGCUUGGUGUCUAUGGUUUCAUCGAAAUUUGAUUGUUUGGAAACAAACAGAUGUGUUUGCUGCUGAGAUAGUUGCCAAAGCGGAUCGGUUUUUGACUGAAUGGAAGGAUGCUCGGGCUGCUUUUACAAGGGUGCAGCGAUUUUCAAUGAGUUUCGUUAAUAGCCGGGUUGAUUGGGAGAAGCUGGUUGUUGAUCUGUUCAAGUGUAAUGUGGGCGCUGCAUCUUCUUUUAGGUUGGGAUGUUCUUCUUUUUCAGCUAAUAUCUGGGAUCAUAAUAGCACGUGUUUUAGAGGAUGCUCAGUAACGAUAAACACUACGUGGGAGGUUCGAAUGGCUGAGUUGCUCCCCAUAAGAGAGGCUCUUUCUUGGAUGAAUACGCUAAAUGUUGCGAAUGUAGUGUUAGAAUCGUGA